ACAGCACCGCCCCGCUCUCCCCCCUACUUGUUUGUCUUAAGUGAGGAACAAUCCAUCGCAGCCGGGCUCGAUUGACACUGUCUGCUGAUCUGCUACUGCGGCUGGCUCAGAAUAACAAGGCAGUUCGUUAAUACCCGUCUAUCGGGGCUUUCUCCGAUACACCGAGCGAGAGAUAGCGAAAAAAAGCUAGAGAGCCAGUCAAGAACAUCGCAACGACCAAGUUCCGCACCCAAUGAUGGCUUCGGGAGAUCUUUAUGAGGUGGAGAGAAUAGUGGACAAGCGCAAGAACAAGAAGGGGAAGUGGGAGUACCUGAUCCGGUGGAAGGGCUACGGAAGCAAAGAGGACACCUGGGAGCCCGAGCACCACCUGCUCCACUGUGAGGAGUUCAUCGAUCAGUUCAACAGCUUGCAUCUGCACACAGACCGCCGCACCAAACCAGCAUCUAAGUCCAGCGGGGGAAGCCCUCGCCACCUCAGCCGCCCGGGUGCCCCAGAGCACCCGCGGGGUCGAGGGGACCAUCGGAAGAAAAAAAGAACUUCUGUUACUGGGCCCACGGCUGGGGUCAGGGUAGGGCUUGCGGCUGUUGGAGGAGCAGGAGGAGCAGGACUGGACUCCCAGCAUAAACCCAGAAAGGUGACAGGGAGCAAACCGACCGGGGACAGAGUGACCAAAACUAUGACUUACAAGAGUGUGCCGGGAGGGCUCCAGUUUGUCCCCUCUCCUCGCAGCCCUAAUGGACUACAGAAUGGGGAUGUGGAUCCCUUACAUUACAGGACUAAUGCCAGAGCACAUGCAAUGCCUGGUGAGCGGAUGGAAAGAAUGCUUGAGGAUAUGGACAUCAGUGGAGCUCCACCACACAUGGACAGAUUAGGAACCACUCUCGCAAAUGGAGGAUUAAAUUUGCACAGUUCAGUGAAAAGAAAGUUGGCAGAGGACAAAGGCUACGUGUUUGACAAGAGACUAAGGUACAACGUGCGACAGAAUGAAAACAACUGCCGGUUCCGAGACAUUGUUGUCAGGAAGGAGGAGGGAUUCACGCAUGUUUUGCUCUCAAGCCAAACCUCAGACAACAAUGCACUAACACCAGAGAUAAUGAAGGAGAUGUGUCGCGCCCUGGGCAACGCAGCGGCCGACGACAGCAAGCUCCUGCUGCUCAGCGCGGUGGGCAGCAUCUUCUGCAGCGGACUCGACCCCUCCUACCUCAUCGGCCGCCUGUCCACCGACCGCCGGAAAGAGAGCAGCCGGAUCGCAGACGCUGUGCGGGACUUUGUGAAGGCAUUCAUCCAUUUUAAAAAGCCUAUUGUGGUGGCCAUCAACGGACCUGCCCUGGGCUUGGGAGCAUCCAUCUUGCCCCUGUGUGACAUCGUGUGGGCCAGCGAGAGGGCCUGGUUCCAGACACCCUGCGCUGCUCUCCGCCUCACUCCCUCUGGCUGCUCCUCGUACACCUUCCCCCAGAUACUGGGGGUGGCACUGGCAAAUGAGAUGUUGUUCUGUGGGAGGAAGCUCACAGCACAGGAAGCCUGCAGUCGUGGGCUGGUCUCCCAGGUCUUCUGGCCCACCACAUUCAACCAGGAAGUGAUGCUACGUGUGAAAGAAAUGGCUGCCUGCAGUGCAAUGGUUCUAGAAGAGUCCAAAUGCUUGGUGCGAAGCAUCCUCCUGUCAGUUCUCAACGAUGUCAAUGAGAAAGAGUGUCAGAUGCUAAAGCAGCUGUGGUGCUCCACCAAGGGCCUGGAAGCGCUCUUCAACUACCUGCAGAACAAGGGCUACGAGGCCUGAGUCACUGCCUCUAUACAUCUACUGACCCACAUCUCUGAAAGCAGGGGCUGGACAGCUGGAGUCAUUCGAGGGUUGAGAUCGAGAGAGAGAGAGUGAGUGACCGGAGACCUUCCACUGCCCAGAGACUGGUCUUGAUUUCAUGUCGAGGCAUGGUCAAGGUCACAACAAGAGAGAGAGAGGGAGUGCGUUGACUUGACCUUUCACUGCUUCAAAUGUGUCCUGCGAGAUGUGGCUUUAUUGUGGGUCUUUUGGGUUUUCUGUGUGUUGUCGCUAGAGUUAAGCUUCUGCACUAAUUGUCCUAGAGCUUCAGUUUAGAGCAAGGUCUGAGAUCGCUGAGGUGUCCGUGAGAUCCCACUGUGAGGAGAUGUGGGGCCAUGGAGCCUUUCCCCGGAUGGUAGGGCGUGAAGUCACCCAGAGGCAGAAAGAGUGGAGUUAUUGGCCAAGAGGAAACAGAUUCAAGUUUCUUUUCUGUUCUUUUGUCAAUGGCCCAUGGGUUACGGCAUAAGCUUUCGUGCAUUCUUCACUCGUGAAGCCCUUUGUCAUAUUUAUUUCUAAUGCAUAAAAAUGCAAUGAAGUUUAAAACUUGCUAUAAUAGCCAUGUUAGCCAUGUUCCUCCUUGAUUACUUGAUUAACAGUCUAAGAGGGUUUUCACUUGUCUAAAAAUUUAGUUGUGAUGAUUUUUAAUCUCUUCGCUUGUGUCACAAGUGCAAAUAUGCUAAUUCUAAACCAAAGGUUGGUGACACAGAUCACAGUUGCUUUGGACAGGAAUGCAUUCCACCUUCACUGUUAUGCGGAUCAAAACUGUGACAAAACCUAAUCAUUUUCAAAAAUGAUCAAUAGUUUUCUAAAAAAUGUAUGUACAGUCACCGCAAAGAGAGAGGGGGGGCGCAGUGUGCAAAGAUGUCAUCAUUGAUACCACAGCACAGAUAGUGCCCAGUGGUACAGUCGGAGGAGGAAAUUGUGGUAUCAAUCAAUUGUCCCUUCGUCUCCACUUCCUGUGUUUUGUCCGCCCGAAGCAACAAGCCACAUGAUUAAUAACAGGAGGUGUCAUUUAUUUUUAGCCAGCCGUUGACCCCUUCUCAUCCACUUAGUAGGGUUUCAGAUUUUAGGUAGUUAUUAUUAAGGUUUAAUCCAAACAAUGUGAUGAAAACAAAUGAAUAUUCACAUUAUUUCACAAUGUUUGUUUGUAUGUGUUUGGCUUAGUAAGAGUCAGCUCCAUAUAUAGCUGAGCGAUGCAUCUGACAUUGGUGUGUGUAGACAUCAGAUAUGCCCUUUGCACUAAAGGUUCAUUGAAGAGGCCAUCAAUAACAGAAAGACAUCACUGUAAAUGAAGGAUGCACAGUUACCUUAAACAGACUUCACAUGCCUUGUAUCUUCUCACAAAAUGAUUGAAGAGCUAAUGCUGAAAUUCUCAUGCAUUCAGUCACUUCUUACACCAGUUUCUUAAGGAUGAAGUUAUGAAAUACAUUUUAAAGUUUGCUGUUAAAAUGGUGCUCCUUACGUUUGGUAAGGCUUUUGAAAUAAUCCACAUAAAGAGCAUUAGAUGCAUUGAGCUCUUUACAUCUAUGAUGCACCAAUAGACACAUCAACAUCUCAGCAUACCAUAAUGACAUCAUCACUACCUUCAUUAUGCAUCUUUAGUUGUUCUUCCUAUUCUGUCAGAGGUGACGGAGCUGUUUAAACAGAGAGGACUUGGCUGUGUUUUGGCACAGUGUGAGAGUGCCCAUUUUAAGCACUUAAAUAUCCAAAGUGACAGUAAACACCACAUUGGAUGGUUGUCAGAAGUGACAUAUGAGCUCAGUGAAAAGCUUGGGGGGAAAGGAGAAUAUUUUUUUAUUUAUUGCCAGAAGAUGCUUCCUGGUGAAAUGUGUGUGUAUAUUUGCUCUUGGUUUUUUGAAGUUUAUGAUUGAAUUGAAUGUGAGUGUAAAUAUCAGAGUGGUCAAAGGUCUAGAUCAUUGCGCAAAGUUUGUAACCAUAUGUAAAAUGAGGUCAAGUAACUAUACAUUCACAUUGGUUCAAAAAAUGGUGUAUUUUUGUAUCGAGAGAAACAUAAUGUCUUCUUCGUCCCAAAGUUAUCAGAUUGUGUCACCGCACUUGUCAUCAGGUAGGGUGUCCGUUUUGUGAUGAUGUGAUGAUGGUUGUGCUGCAGAAGUAAACUCUGUCUGCAUGUAAUGUCUUCAGGAUAUAUGUGUAUACAUAUAUAAAUAUAUAAUAUAUAUUUGUUUAUAUACAAUGGCAGAUGUAGUUUUUUUGCUAUCAUUUUUACAAUAUUGAUACUGUUAAUUGUAUGAAGCUGUACACAUUUGCAGUAUAGUAGGCUGUUAUAUUGUGUAAUUAUGCAUGUAAUAUAAUGUAGAUAAUUGUCAAUGUCAAAUCUUUAUAUUUCUGAUGUUUUUUUUGUAUAGCCAUAGUGAGCAAUUGUAGAAAUGUUGCACAGUUUAUUUUUUUAUUUAUUUAAAGAUUUUAACCAGUGAUCCCUGUGGGGCAACAGUGCCAUAAUACUUCCCUGAAGCACAUUUGACUUGUGACUGAUCAUAAUCACAGAAAGAUAGUUCAAAUGAAAGUGAAAGUGAAAGCCCACAAAUUAAUCCUUAUUGGCUUGUGUUGUUACUGUGUGUGAAAUGUAACUUAACAGUCUGCGUUUUUAUGUAACAAACAAAGAUAUUCAUCUUUCCUAUGAACAUGCUAACCUUAUCAUAUACAAAUUUGAUUGUGAUGCUGGACAUGCCAUUGUACAAUCGUGUAAUCUUAGAGAGAACUAAUGCGUGAACAUCUAUACUUCACUGAAUGGUAAGUUUGUGCUGUCUUAUAUAUACUAUAUACUACAUAUAUAUUUAAAAACAAUACUCAUCCACAAAUAAUCCACAAAUUUGUCGUCCGUUUGUCAGACUCAUGGAAAAUAUGCAGUGUACAGUUUUGAAACGAUGUAAUUACAUCUUGACAUUCUGUAGCAAUAUGAAAUUUGGUUAUUUGAUUUGAAUAUCACGACAUGAGCAACUUCUGAUUUUAUCUUCUCAACAUGUCAUUAAUGAAAUCCUGGAUAAUAUCAAGCUUCAGUUCAUACAGUCACAAUUAUGUCCCAAGGUUAUAUGAAAUAAGCUCAAAUGUCAACAUGAAAUAUAGAAACAUACGAUUCAUGUUUUGAUUGUACCUCUGUAAGACAGUUCACAUAAAACGUCUAAACUGAUCUAAAAUCUCAUCUACAUACUCGACUGGGUGGGGGGGGUCUUUAUUCUUUUGAUUUAGUUGUUGUUUAAUGUAUCAAUCUUGUGUAAAAAUAUUUGCUCUGUAUUAUUUAAAAAUAGAAUAAAUUUCACGUAUUGCAUUUGGAAAAUAAUUUAUUGCAUGCCUAUCUUUCAAUGCUUUGUUGCAUUUGUUAAAAUUCCCUUCAAGAAUCUUUUGAUGUUCCCCUGGCAACAUCAGCGGGAGGCCAGUUCCAACACCACAGUGUAGUUCAGUUCAAAUGUUCUGGGUGCCUUAGAAGUCGUUUCCGGUAGGAUCUGUAGAACACUGUCUUCACAUUCUUUUGGAGAGAGACGGUUGCAAUGAAUAAAAUCAAAGUUGACACAGA